CUUCAUUCAUGCUAUAAAUAUAAACUCUAGGGUUAGGGCUUGGCUAUGGCCUCAGAGUGAAAGCUCUGCCUCUCUUUCCAGUUGUUCGCUUUUUGUGUGUGUGUCUUAUACCAGUUUCUGAUUCUCAGGCAUUGAGCAAAUCUGACAAUUCUAGUUCAGUGUUACAAGGGUUUGGUGCUGAAGGAGGGGAUAAGGAAGAAUUUGGGGAUCGCGGAAUGAGGAAGCGACAAGUUGUUGUGAGAAGAGAGGAGCCUCCGAGAAGCACCACCAAUUCGUCUUUGACAAUUAGAAGCGUGAGAUAUGGAGAGUGCCAAAAGAAUCACGCCGCGGGCGUUGGGGGUUAUGCUGUUGAUGGGUGCAGGGAGUUCAUGGCCAGCGGAGAGGAAGGAACAAGCGCAGCCCUUACUUGUGCUGCCUGUGGCUGCCAUAGGAACUUCCAUAGAAGGGAAGUAGAAACUGAGGUAGUUUGCGAGUGCUCUUCACCUCCUUCCAAUGGAGCAUAGCAUAUUUUAUUACUACUGUUCAUAUGAAUGGAAGGUUUCAAUUAUGUGAUGUAUUUGUUGUUGGGUUUUCCGAUUGCUGUGGUAAGUUGGUAACUUUUUGAUGAGUUUUGUGGAGAGAUGAUAUCAGUCAUGGACGAAACCUCUUCCCUAUAUCAAUAAUUUGUGUUAUGUUUCUUUAUGAAGGAAUGGUUUUUAUUACCUUGUUUCUCUAUGUAUGAAGAGGUCCAAAGAUUUUGUGUUAUGUUCCUGAUGAAGGAAUUAAUGGUUUUUCUGUUGAUUA